AUGUCUGAGAAGUCUGAGGAGGUUAUAUUCGAGAAACCUCCAAACAAAUAUUAUGUCGGAAGGAGUUUGAUCGCUUUUUGGAUUUUCGGCAUUUGCAAUAACUUUGGUUAUGUGGUUAUGCUGAGCGCUGCACAAGAUAUUCUACGAGUUGAUGAGAGCAAAAAUGGGAAUUUAACAAAAAAGGAGGAAAUUUGCAUGCCCGAUAUGUCACAGCGAGUAUGCACGGAACAAUCAGCCGGUCUUGUUCUAAUGAUGAACAUUUUGCCAAUAACAAGAAGCACAAUUGUGAUCGUUUUUCAAGUGUUUUCCUUGUUGAUAACCGCUUUUGCUACAAAUGUGCCGAUGGCUUUAACUGGAGUGGCAAUGGCGUCGGUUGGUUGUGGCUUUGGUGAGAUCAUGUAUUUAGCGCUAGCGGCACACUAUUCAGCAAAUGUGUUGACCUCGUGGUCCUCUGGGACGGGAAUGGCCGGCAUUCUGGGAGCUGCACUGUAUGCAGCGAUGACCGAUCCGCGAAUGCUCGCGCUUACUCCACGAACCGCUCUCCUUUUAAUGCUAGUCGGGCCAACUGUUUUUGCAGUCACCUAUUGCCUUUUAUUGGCCCGAGCACCGACCGUUAAGAAAACCGUUUUCCACCGACCAUCAACUUGGAUCGAGUGGAAAGUGAAAAUUAUCGAAAAUGGACAAAUAGACAAUGCCGCCUCCACCGACAGUCAACAAUCAAAUGGACCAACAAGUGUUCGCGAGAAAUUGAGCGUCUCAAUGGGCUUAUUGAAAUACAUGAUCCCGUUGGGAACGGUCUACUUUGCGCAAUAUUUCAUCAAUCAAGGAUUGGCUGAAUUAAUCAUCUUUGAUUGCACUCAGGGAUUGCAUUCUUCGCCUGACUCACAGUAUAAGUGGUAUCAAGUUCUCUACCAGAUUGGGGUUUUCAUUUCCCGAUCGAUGGUCGGCUUAAUCUCGUUGCCUUUCUGGGUGAUCGUUGCCGUUUUGCCGAUCUCGCAAAUGUCAAUCAUGAGCUCACUUCUGCUCGAGUCCCUUUCCCCAUACCUUCCACACAUUCUCGUUGUCUAUGGAAUCAUUCUAUUAGAGGGACUCGUCGGUGGAUCCGCCUACGCGAACACUGUUCGACAUGUUCACAAAAAUGUUUCAACAUCAGUGAAAGAAUUCGCUCUUUUAAUUGUGACUGCAGCAGACACUGUCGGCAUUCUCAUUGCUGCUAUUCUCUCGAUUCCCACUCAUAAUUACAUUUGUCAUUUACCGUAUUAUGAUUGGUUU